ACAGUUUCAGACCACUCAGUGCCAGCUCUAAGGACCUUUUGUGACUCCAUCUGCCAAGGACGAUGGUUCCUAUGCUGAACUCAGACAGGGGUUUCUGAAACUCCUAACGCUCAGGAAGUGGAGUCUGUGGCGUUGGUGGGGGGGCUGAACAGAUAAAUAUAAAGUAUCAUCUCUUUAAGGCAAAGUCUCAGUUCAUGUCUAUCUCAAGUUCAGCUUCCAACUCACUAUGCCCAAAUCUGAUCAAGCUGCUCUGCAUUCCACCAGUACCUGUCAGUUCCCUACCAAGAUUUAGAGCCCUGAAGACACAGCACCGGCUCCUUUCGUGGUGUAAGCAGUGCAAAUCGGCGGUGUGCCAGGCCCAGCCAUGCCAAGGUCAUUCCUAGUGAAGAGCAAGAAGGCGCACAGCUACCACCAGCCCAGGGUUAGCGAUGGCGACUACAGCACGCAGCACUGCGAUGCCCUGGCUUACGCCUGUGCAGAGAGCCCGAUUAUCCCCGGGAUGCAAUGUGGUUUCUCUCCGGUCUCCUCAAAUCUGGGAGAUGGCACAGAUGUCUCCUCGGAUUCCCCUGGCAGCCGGGAGGGCAGCGUAUGUGAGACAAGCCCCUCUGAAUGUGAGGAUUUCUGGAGACCUCCUUCCCCUUCUGUCUCUCCAGCAUCAGAAAAGUCCGCCUGCCCCUCACUGGAUGAGUCCCCGCCCUACUCUAUGCCCUUCAAGCCGUACGCCUGGGACGAACUUGCCCGCUCGGAGCUCCGCCAGUUGGUGCACAAUUACCGGCCCGCAGCACUGGACAGAAGCCCCUCACUGUACGGAGAGCGGGAACCCCAAGCCCCGCCCACUUCGCUGUACAGCGCAGAGAGAGGAUUACGCGGACUGUACGGAGACUACAGGCAGGCCAUAGGGCGCUAUGGGGACCCCAGAGCUCAGCCUCCGAUGUACGGAGAAAAGGCUCAGAGCAUUAAGGUGGAGUCUGACCUGCUUUGCUCCCGGCUGCUGCUCAACAACGGCUCAUACAAAUGCCUUAAAUGCAGCAAGGUGUUCUCCACACCCCAUGGACUCGAAGUCCAUGUACGCAGAUCUCACAGUGGUACGAGGCCAUUUGCUUGUGAAAUGUGCGGGAAAACCUUUGGCCAUGCGGUCAGCUUAGAGCAACAUAAGGCAGUACAUUCCCAGGAAAGAAGCUUUGAUUGCAAAAUAUGUGGCAAAAGUUUUAAAAGGUCAUCAACACUUUCUACUCACUUGCUUAUCCAUUCGGAUACCAGACCAUACCCCUGUCAGUAUUGCGGCAAAAGGUUCCAUCAGAAAUCUGACAUGAAGAAGCAUACAUUCAUACACACAGGAGAAAAACCACAUAAAUGCCAAGUUUGCGGCAAAGCAUUCAGCCAGAGUUCCAACCUGAUUACCCACAGCCGCAAACAUACUGGCUUUAAGCCAUUUGGCUGUGACCUAUGCGGAAAAGGUUUUCAGAGAAAAGUGGAUUUGAGGAGGCAUCGGGAGACCCAACAUGGACUUAAAUGAACAUGAAACAAAAGCUUCUGCUCUUGUUUUACCCAGGAAAUCCACACAUAUGGCAGCCUGAGAACACUAUAUGAACUUCAGCCUAAAAUCUGUGGUGUUGACUCAAUACCACUAAAUGGUGGAAUAUGCAAAAAUCUCUGUUUUGAGUUUACUCACCACCUUGUACCAUCUGACUCCUGACCUUCAGAGACAACAAGUCUUCUGCGACCAAGUUCCAUGUAAUGACAACAAAAUGUAUUCUACACAGUACCACAGAGAGUGUAAAGAUAUAAACCACCCUUAUGUGGUAACAACUAAAGACAUGCAAUCUGCGCCACCAACUGCAAAGAACCAUAUGUAGCUCAGAACAGGAGACUAACCCAAUGAUCAUGUGCGUGCGUAUGUCUGCAAUAGAAAAAUAUAUAUGUGCUCUACACACAUUGGCAGUAGGUGAAAAUUGACAUGCACUGCAUCAAGGACCAUUUAUUCUCACAUUUUUAUUUUUCUCUAUUUAAAGAUGACAUGUUUACUUUAUCUACAGGCACAACGUUUUAUUACUCAGACAGAAGUGACUUUGAUAGACAGACAACCUAUGGUGUAUCCAGGAAACAGAACUUUGUCAGUCUCCUGUCCUGCUGUGGUCUUGGCUAAUAGUGAAAGCAAUCUAUCAAUCUUCCCUGUUGAUCUGAAAAGGAAACAGAAUGAAGGAAGGGGGGGGGGGGGGUCAUGGCAAUGAUCCAGUCUGGUUAUUUCAGUUCUGUGCACUUGUGCAUUGUCUCUAUCUGUUGCAAAAGUAGAAGCAACCUCAUUGCUCUGAAUCUGCUAAACCUGAACCUAUGCCUCAGCUCCCUAAUUAGAGUUAAGAUAAUGAUAAGGUUAACAGACCUACUCCUUAGGGCUCUGGCACACGGGGAGAUUAUUCGCCCGCAACAAAUCUCCCUUUUCGCGGGUGACUAAUC